GCUGCCAGCUGGUGCCAAAACAACCCGCGUAGAGAAAGUUACGGGGGAGAAAGUUGGGGAAAAUUUUGCAUUUUUCCCCAUUUUCCCACGCUGUUUUGUCGUGAAAAGCCAUUUCCAGCUCGCGAUAAAAUGUGAAAUUGCAUAAAAGUUCGAUAAAUUGUAAUUUUCAUCUCGAUUUUUCCUUAUUUUCCACCUUGAGGGCCUUGACGGAGGUGUUGCAUAACCUCACAAAUAAUGGCCAGUAGAUUGUUGGUGCGGAUUUGUUCCCGGAAUCUCUGGUCCCGGGUAGCAGGCCCUACGCCGGCAUACAGAAACCUCUGCCCACUGGCCACGGGAAGCCUUUUCACAGCGCAAAGUGAUUGGUGGAGUGAAUGUGCCACGCGAAAUUUCUCUCAGAGCCUUCCACUGAGGAUCAGGUUAACAGCAGGAAGUCCCAGAAGUGCCGAAAAGCCACAAAAGAGCCAAGAUGAGGAUGUGUUGGAGGAGAAACCCAAAAAGGAGGGCCUCGUGGCGAGAUUCAGAAAAAUGUACAAAGAAUAUUGGUAUGUUCUCGUGCCCGUGCACAUUGUCACGUCCGCCGGCUGGCUUGGCGGCUUCUACUACCUAUCCAAAAGUGGCGUUGACAUUGCCACAAUCCUCGAAACGUGGCACUUCAAUCAGACCAUCAUUGCCCAUCUGAGGGAUUCCCAUCUCGGUCAUCUGGCCAUUGCGUACUUCCUGUACAAAAUCUUCACACCAGUGCGCUAUAUGGUUACCCUGGGUGGCACAACGGUGAGUAUUAAGUACCUCUCCCAGUUGGGCUAUAUCAAACCCGUGCCCAAUAAGGAUCAACUCAUGAAGAUGUAUCAGGACAAGAAGGCAGCUAGGCUGCAGGCCAAGGAGGACAGGCUACAGGCCCAAGAAGAAGAAAAGCUCCAAGCUGAAAAGGACAAGUUCCAAUCCCGCAAAGAAUAGAGGGCAAAAUGUUGCACAGAGAUAUAAAAGAAAGAAAAAAAUUGUAAAAGAGAAUAUUUUAACAUGAUAUUGGUUGCCUCCGGGAGCGCUAGAUGAUUUUCACUGUUCUUGCUUUUAGCAAAGUCAUCCACAUGCCCCUUAAGGUAGCCGGAACCCCGUUUUAUAAUCCUCUCUUUCCUCCAAAGGAAAAUUAUUAAAGAUUCUAUGCUUUAAAAUUAAAAACAAA